UCCAUGGUGGAGUUUGGUCAGGGGAUUCGUGUGGAAGGCGCGGCCAGGGCGAGGAGUUGGCGAUUCCAUUGCGCGUUGUCCAUUGUUUCGCAAUGAGCGCAAGGAAUCUCGCACAGGGAUUUCUCCGGUUCUUUUUUUUUUCUUCCUCCUCUUCUUCGAUCCUCCGAUCAGCUCACAGCCGCUCGGCUUGGAUCGCCCGGCAGGUCUGAGAAUGCCCGUUCUUCACGAUUUCUCGUCGGCGAAUCAGUCCUCCGCGGCUCGAAAUACCAUGCUGUGCCAAGCGCCGUGGGACUUGGCAUCCUCGGGCGAUUUGAAGAGGAAGAGAUCGUGGAGGGAAGCCGGUCGCGCUGUCUGUUUCAAGGACGAAGCGGCUUCUAGCGCGGUGAACACGUCCUUCUCGUGCACUACUUUCAACAUUUUGGCACCGAUUUACAAGCGCGUCAAUGGAGAGGAAUGUCGCGAGAGCCAAUCUCGAGAGGUCUGGCUGGACAGGAAUCGGAGGAUACUGGACAUGCUUCUGAAAGGGAAAUCGUCGGCAAUUUGCUUGCAGGAAUUUUGGACGGGAAACGAAGAGCUAGUUGAGUUGUAUGAGAAAACUUUAGGAGCAGCGGGGUAUGACAUGCGAAAACUUGCUAGGCCAAACGGACGCGGUGAUGGGCUCUUCACUGCUGUAAAGAGAGACGUCUUACGGGUGAUGGACUAUCAGGAGCUGCAGUUUCACGAUUGCGGUGACCGUGUUGCCCAGUUUCUACGCCUCCAAUCAAACAUUCCAAUGUACAGAGACUGUUUGCACGUAGCUGGACAACAAGAAGUUCUUCUUGUCAAUACUCAUCUCAUAUUCCCGCACAACUCCAACUUUUGUCUGGUGCGGCUGCGUCAGGUUUACAAGAUCCUCAAGUAUUUGGAGCAGUACAAAGAUGACCACAAUCUAUCGCAUGCGCCAGUUUUACUCUGCGGGGAUUGGAACGGGAGCAAAAGGGGCCAGGUGUACAAGUUCCUGCGGUUGCAAGGGUUUGUGUCAUCGUACGAUGUUGCUCACCAAUACUCGGAUUGUGAAGCUGAUGCGCAUCGGUGGGUGAGUCAUCGUAAUCACCGGGGCAAUAUUUGUGGAGUCGAUUUUAUAUGGUUGCUCAAUCCCAGCAAAAGUACAAGGUCGCUGAGAGAAAACUGGAAAAGCGCUGUAUUCGGCAUCAUUAAAUCAAAACUUCUCCGUGAACACGGCAAACAAGGAAGAGACGCGUUUUGUUUUUUCCAGCAGAACGAAUGCGAUGAAUGCUUGACUUAUGAAGAUUUCCAUGCGACUCUAAGACGGCUUGAGCUGACGAAGGAGGACUUGGAAGGGCUCUCAAGAGAUGAGAUUGAGGAACUGAUAAAAUCUGCAGACUUUGAUGGCAACGGCGUCAUUGACUACGACGAAUUUCAAGAGAGUCUCGCGUUUGACAAUGCUUUCGACUGCAACAACGGAAGCAGCCUUGGCAGCUGGUCGAAGAGAAUCUUCCAAACGGAAAUAAGAAAAAGCUCCUGGGAGUUUGCUCAGCCUGAAGAGCCGGAUCAUCAUCCUUGCCUGGUGGAGUCGAGUCCUGAGCUUGACGUGAGACACGCAUCGUUUCAUCCCCCGGAAGUGGAGCAGGGGACAUGGCCCGACAACUACUCUUUGUCCGACCAUGCACCUCUGACUGCCAUGUUUGCUCCGGUGUACGCGCAAAGCAGGUUGUUGCAACAAUUGCCGGCAAAUUUCGGCUUUUACGAUUGAUUAAAGGAAGAGCUAUAUUGCCUUAUAACGUAAGAUUGACGAGGGACCCAAACUUUUAAUACCUUCUCAUCUGGUCCAGACACGAGAAGAGACCGCCAACGGGGAUACUCAGGUUUCGUAGAAAUAUAUAUUAUAAUGUUCGUGAAUGAAACUGAGAAUUUCAACAAAUUAUUUCUUGUUA